AUGUGCCAAGAGUGCUUCGAAAAACUCUCGAAGUGUCCCACGUGCCGAGCAACGCUGCGGCAGAAGCUGCGCUCUCUUUCCAUGGAACACCUGGCCGAAGUUGUGCGCACCCCUUGCGAGUACAGCGAGGAUGGCUGCCCCGAGCUGCUCCCGCUGAAGACGAAGCGACGUCACGAGGAGACGUGCGCCUUCAGGCCUAACGCCACCGCCGCGGAAUGUCCGCUGCUGUACUCUGAAAGUCGGGCAGCCGUGGAGCAGCACGUCCGCUACGAGCACCGAGACGAGCUGGUCGCGGCAUCGGAUGGAGCCUUCAGGGUCGGGGAUUCUUCCAUAACAGUCUUAGAGUUCGACAUGGCCCUGUUCGUGGUGCGCGCAGAAUCUGUCCCAGAGGCUGAUUUCACGUCGCAUUACGUCCACGUCGGCCACGUAGCACAGGGCUUGCGCGCUGCGAAACCUCGCUACCGCUUCAAGGUGCGGCUUGAUCCAGACGGUCCCUUCUACAAAGGACACGUGACGGACUACAGCCAGCAGGUGCAGGAUCUGGCGGCCGCGGGCGGCUGCCUCUUCUACGUGAGUCAGGUCGAUCAGCCCAGUGAGGUGUCCUACUCCGGCACCAUCAAGAAACUGCUAGUCUAG